GAGACUGCAUGCGUUGCACACAUGAACUUGCACUGCUUUGUUGAUCAUGAUUUUCUUAUUUUCCCUAUAGCAAGGUAAGCUACAAAAUGCCAGUAACUGGGAAUUUGAACCAAGAGAAUCCCUCAGAGCAGGAAUCCCCUGCAGUGAAUGAUGGUGGGGGGAAUAUGGCCUCGCUCACAGAAGGUACAGCCACUUCGUCUCUUCCACCAGCGCCAGGCGUGGCUUCAGACAGUGCCAACCAGACGUCAUCUGAAUCGGCAUCUGACAACACCGGUGGCGAGGUGUCCAGCACCACCGCGGACAAUGAGGACCUGGCCGAUAACGAGGCCGUCACGGAUGCCUCAGACAAUCUGCAGUUGCCGGAGCCCGUGGAGUCCACGUCCAUGGACAUCUCCGACUCUCUCGAUGGCUUCAAAGAUGGCACCGUGAGUCCCCCGCCAGAAGAGGGCCAGGCUCCCUCCUCAAAACACAGCACGUUUACAGCCACAAACUCUGCGUCCUCCUUCAACAACGGGUUUCAGAGCGCUUUUGCGGCAUUCGCGUCUGCUUCGUCUCAGAGCUUCACAGCGACGGGGCAGCAUGAAAGCAGUGCCAAUGUAUCCGGCACAGCUGCGGGCAGUUCAGCUUAUGACGCGGUCAGCACCACAGAGGCAGACCCUGCGGGGGAAGCGUCAUCCACCUCGACGGAUGCGAUUGGCUCCACCACCGCCACGGAGCUGCUUGUGUCGUCGGCCAUUGACUCUAGUCUGGUCACCACCACCGGAGACAGCACCAGCGGCAGCAGGAUAAUGGCGGAUGUAGACAGCAGCAGUGUCGUGGCCAGUGAGGCGAUGACCGCCAUGUCGUCUACGGUGACAGAGACUGCAGACAUUGCGGCAGAGAGUGGUUUCUUCCAGGCUGCUGAGGAACCCUGUGACGCACCACCUGCUAACAUUGAAGUUCCGGCCGUCGCAACGGACUUCGAGUCUUCCCCCUUGCCGGGAUCUUCAGCAGGGGAGGGUUUGACACUGCAGGAAUCUCCGCUUGAAGAAGCAGCGUCUUUAGCAGCUGAGGAAUCGACUGUGGGGCAAGAGUGUGCAGAAGCACAGGAGUCCUCCUCAGGGCAACAGUUGUUACUGGAGACUUUGACAAUGUCACAAGCUGAACCAGAACAAGUUGCCGCGGAGACAGGUGCUGCUGGAGAGCCCACUCUAACCGAGGAAGGACCUGUUGUGACUCAGGCAGAGGCUGUGGAGAUUCGAGAAGAGCCUGUGGUGACUCCAGAGGAAGCCAUGGUCACUCAAGAAGAACCCAUGGCUGCUCAAGAAGAGCAUAUGGUGACACAAGAAGAACCUAUGGUGACUCAAGAAGAGCAUAUGGUGACUCAAGAAGAACCUGUUGUGGGUCCGGAAGAACCUGUAGUGAGCCAGGAAGAACCUGUUGUGACUCAGGAGCCCGGUAUGGCUUUGGAGGGAACUGUGACUCCUGAAGUUCCAGUCGUGGAUUCUGAGCCCACUACGACGGAGGAGUCUGUGGGCACACAAGAACCUAUGGCCGUAGAAGAGCCAGCGGUAAGUCAGGAAUCUCUGGCUGUUACUUCCGAUCAACAGGAACAACCUCAGGUAGAAAUGGUCAGUACAGAUGAGCAAGCUGCCGUUGGUUUUCCCGAGCAAUUGACCUCGAGUGAAGCUGUGGCUGCCUCAUCAGCGGCUGAGCAGCAGCAGCAGGUUCAGUAUUCCGAGAGCCAGCAGCCAGAGGUGCCGUCGCAAGCCGUGUCGGAUUCCGUGUACUUCAUCCAGAUGACGGACGCCUCCGGGGAAAUCGUCACGUCCAUCAUUGACCCCAACGAUAUCUCCGCCUACUCUGACUCGAUUGUGUACAAACAGUGCAUGAAGGCGGACGGUCAGCUGGAGACCACCAUCGUCAGCUCGGGGGGCGUGCUCAUGGAGCAGCAGCAGGAGACGGAGCAACAACAGCAGGCCGUCCAGCAGGAGGUCGCUGAGACCCAGCAGGAAGAGCAGCAGCAAGUGAUUUACGCACACGAUCUGAACGGCCAGCUGACGCCCAUCGAUUCGGCGCAGUCGGCCAACGACGUGGCCCCGCCGGGCAAACAGUUUGUGUACAUGCAGGACUCUAGCGGCCGCAUCAUCCGCACCAUCAUGGACGCCAAUCAGACGAUGGUUCCCGGCCAACAGGUUUACUACACACAGAGCGAAGACGGGCAGAUCAUCACGUCUGUUAUGGACUCGGCUUCGGCUGGGAUGACGGACGAAGCUACGGCUCAGCAGCAACAACAACAGCAGCAGCAGCAAGAUAUGUCCAGCCUAGAGACGCAGCAACAGCAACAACAGCAGCUGCUUCAGUCGACCCCUCAGGUGUCGACGAGUGCGAGCUCCAUGGUGGCAGGCACCAGUGGCUUCUCCAUCGAUAACAGCAUGAGCGGCCUCAGUAUGCUGGCAGAGCUCUCCCACCUCACUGCCGGACAGGCUUCCACGUCCAGCCUGCCUGAAGCGAGAGGGGCGUCGAGCACAGACAGCAACUCGCAGGAUGCAGACAUGGAAGAGUUCCGGCCGGUUGCCAUGGUGACCAGAAGGGUAGCUGGGAGUGAAGGACAGGAGGGUGUCGAUGCAGUGAACUCUGACAUCGCGGGGCUUCGUGUGAGCGAAACGGACGCAGGCGCCACUGGCCCUCAAGAGUCUAUCAGCAGCAAGCUGAUCGCGGAGAUGAAGUGCGGCUACGUGUCCCCGGCCAUGACGGUGUCCAAGGACAACCUGUUUGUCCAGUGGCAGAACCUGGACGCCAUGUGCUGGAUGGACGUGGUGCUCAUCAUGCUGGUCUACUCACCCACGCUGCGGCCACUGGUCAACCUGGAGCCCACGCACGAGCUGGCCUCCACCUUGCUCAUCACACUGCUCAAGGCCAAUCGGCAAGCUCAGGUAUUACUUCAGAAUUUGCUGAAGAAGAACGGAGGGUCUGAAAUCUCUGGCUUACAGACGGGUGCUGGCAACACAGUGUCCAUGCAGGACCCCAAGACCUCCAAGCUGGUGUGCAAGGAGAACAUGGACGAGAUCGGCAAAGCCAUCAACAUCCUGUACGCCAUGCGGGAGAAGAUCUGGCAGGCCCUGCAGCCUCGACUGCGCUGUGAGCGGGGCAAACACAACAGCCCCGUGCUGGUGCUGCCGCUGCUGGUGAGGGAGAAGCCCAUCAUCAAGCAGAUGUUCACCAUGAACUACCGCUACGUGUUCAAGUGUGAAAAAUGUGGGUAUUCACAAGACGACAGUCACUCCAAAAUCCUCCCCACAAUCCCAGCAGUUCCUGAAGAUUUCAACAUGACUACGCCAUACUUCGAGAGGAACUGCUUUGAGUGCCAGGCGCCCAGUCAGCGCAUGGUUAUGAAAUUUGAAGGGCUACAAGAUUUUGUCCAGAUGCAUUUCGUCAAAGGUCUGCCACACAACAGAUUUGAUGAACUCAGCUUUGAUUUCAACGGAGACCACUAUGAAGUCACGGCCGUCGUACAUUAUAAAAACAAUCCUGACCAUUUUAUCGCCUGGGUGCGAAAUGCCCCAGGCCCUUACUGGAUGGAGUGUGACGACCUGAAGUCUGUGAUCACACGCUACCAGCCCGUGCUGCCCAACAUCCCGCCCAGCCAGGUACACAUGGUGAUGUGGGAGCGCCGGCUCACGCCGCAGCACACGCUGGUCAUGCGUGACACGGAGGAUACGCGCGUCCUGGCCUCCCUCGUGCUCACCGUGCAGCAGCCCGCGGGCAUGUCCGGCACGCAGCAGGGAGCGGAUGCUUCAGGUGUGCCCAAAACCACAGCGACAGGUCUUCCUUCUUCAAGCCCGGCGGGCGCCACGUCUGCCAGCACACUCCUGUCGGGCCUGAUGAACCAGACGCAGACGUUCUCCCCGUACACGCGAGGUCGUGGCAGAGGCGGGCGGGGCACCCGGGGGGCCAGGGGCACGGGCCGGGGCAGGGGAAGCAACACCAUCAUCAGGCAGCGGGCGCCGGUCAGCAGCAGCAUCCAGCUGACGGGGGCGGCUGCCACGUCUGUGCCCGUCCAGCGGCCCCGAGGCUCGCCCCAGAUUCUGCGUCUGCCCAUGUCGGCCCUGGCCAACUCUGGCCUGUCCUUGAGGGGAGCCUCCACCACGGGGGCCGGCACCAGGCUGGUACUGGUGGGCGGGAACAGCGGCGGUCAAGCGGGCAGCGUGGCGGGCUCUGGCUCUGGGGGCACCACCAACAAGGUGAUCAUGGUUCGCUCCCAGGGAGGCAGUAUGAGCAACAUGUCUCCCCAGCAGCUGCUUCAGCUACUGCAGCGAACAGGAGCCAUUAGUCAGUCUGGAGGUGUCCGGGUCACGACCACGCUGGGCAACGGUAGUCAGGUGUCGGCUGUGACCCAAGAGAGCGACACUUCGGUGGGGACGGGCGUGGAGGAAGGCGCCUCUGCCGAUGUUGCUGGCACGCAGACCACUUUGGAGCAUGAGAGCACCGAGUCAGCAACAGAACCUCUGGGCGAGUCGGGCGGUGCCGACAGCCUGAUGGACGUCUCGGAGGGGAAUCAGACGGCAGGGGAGGCUGAUACAUCGGCUUAUUUAAACACAACGCUACCCUCGGCGGGGUCAGAAAACGCGACAGAAGCAACCACCAUCUCAUCCACCUCCACUUCUUCGGAAAAUCCCAUCGUCUUAUCUCCGGAGCCGCCUGUGACAAGUUCUGUGAGUGCUGUCGAUGUGGCCGGCGAGCCGCAGCAGCAGUCAGCAGCUACCGUUGCUGCUGCCGCGGGGAAUGUGAAAACGCUGACCCUGAGUGAAGGUCAGGCCAGUUCUGGUGGCGCCCGCUACAUUUCCAUCCCCAACCCCAACGGCAAGGGCAGCAUUCUCACCCAGCUGGUGUUGAAAGGCGGCAAAAUGGUUCUAGUCCCUGUCACCAAGAACGUUCCCGCACAGGAAGCGGGCUCGUCGGUUCUCCGGAUCCCCGGCUCCACAGCCGCGGGUUCCCCUACCGUGUCCAUCCGUGUCCCGGGCGGUUCGAGCCAGUCCUCCCUGGCGUCUCUGGUCACCUCGGCCAUCUCGUCUUCGGCCACGAGCACGCCUCAGGCUGUGCAGCAGUCCCCCACGGUGAGCAUGCUGACCUCACAGACGCCGUUCGCCACGCUCGCCGCCACCACCGCGUCUGUCAGCACGUCCACGGCUAGCACGCCGGGUGUCCGCUAUGUGUCUAUCCCGGGCAGCAGCGGCAGCAAGAGGACCAUCCAGCUGAUCAGUGUACCGCGGGGGGCGCCCGGUGCCGGGGGUACCUCCUCUUCUGUGCUCGGGGGCUCGCAGGCCGGCAGCCAGAAGACAAUUAUCGUGAGUCCCAGCGGGGUGCAGUCUUCCACCUCCCCGGCCACCUACGUCACGCGGCUGGUCACCUCGGCCGACACAGCGCAGCAGCAGCCGGGGAGCGACGAACAGCCGCAGCAGCAGAUGGUGAGCUCGCAGCAGGGCAACAUUGUGAUCCGUGAGCUGAAGAGUGACGGCACCACCACCACCACCACCACCCUCCCGCCGCCCACAAUGGCCGACUCGGGGGCUCAGACCCCCACGGUGCUCCGCCAGGAGUUGCUGUCUGCCCCCGGGAGCUCCACAAUCACCAUCAGCCCGGAGAACGUGGUGAGCAGCCGAAUCUCGUCCACGCCAGGAAUCUCACUGCUCCGCGACGUGUCCCUGCGCUCGUCGCUGGGCUCGCCGGCCAACCAGGUCAUCCUGACCUCGGCCUCCGGGGCCACCUCCAUCCUGGCGCCCGUAGACUCGGCCACCGGCCAGCAGAAACAGGAGAGCUUCAGGUACAUCUUGCCCGGCUCCAACAGUACUCAGACAAUCCUGCAGACGUCUGGCCAGAGCGUGGGCAAGUCGUUCACCGCCCUGUCUUCCUCGGGCACCAUCAUCGGAGGUCAGCUGACCCCUGCGACCCCGUCUGCCGCAGUGGACCCCAACCUCCUGAGCCCGGCGGAACCCAUGAUGGUGGACAGCGCGGGCCAGACGGGCCCCACCAUCAGCCUGUUGGCCCCGCAGCGACGAGCCAGCCAGGAGGUGGACAGCACAGAGUACAUCCCACUGGGCACCAGGGGCAGGGGGAGAGGUCGCGGCCGGGGGAGAGGUCGCGGGGGGCGCAUGCCUCGGGGCAGAGGUCGCCAGCAGCUGGUGUGGGGCAGUGGGAGCGACACAGAGUACAGCCCCUCCUCCUCCACGUCUGCCGCUACGACCUCCUCCUCCUCCUCCGCGGUACUUUCGGGGAGAGGAGGGAAAGCCAGCGCCGGUACACUGUCGGAGCUGCGGCAGAUCGGGGCCCACGUGAUCGAGUCGAGCAGCGAGGCGGUGGACGGCGUACCCGUUGUCUCCAUCCCAGAUUUCACAGACGCUGGCACCCAGGCAGAGUCUGUCAGCGCUGCCGAGUCGUUAGCGGCGGAAAAUGCCGCGGCUGUCCUCAGCACGGCAACGACCAGUUCCGUGGAGGGCGGCCAUCAUCAGGCUGAGGGCGUGUCUCUUCUGGCCCAGCAGUCACUGCUCCAGGAGGGUAACCAUGGCGACGACAGCGACGCCUCGGCCCAGAACCAGCAAGAAGGCCCGCGGGUCAUCACUCAAAGUAUUCCUUCCAUCAAGGCCAACCACGGCUUUGACAUCCUCACACAGGGCAUCCUGGGCUCGGCAGCCAGCGGGCGCCAGGGCGUGGCUACCUCCCCCAAACCCAAGACAGGCCGCAGUCUCCUGACAGGCGCACCGGCCAAAAUCUCGUCGUUAACCACGUCUGCCGGUCUGUCGGCCCUGACAUCGGCGGCGUCAAAGACCCAGGCCAGCUUGUCCAUGGGCCACUCGGUGAGCCAGGCGGAGAUCGAGACUCUGAUCCAAGCUGCCGAAGCUGCGGCAAAACCGGCCAAACUGGCAUCGUCUGGUGCAGGGGAGUCAGCACAACCGUCGCAGGCUGUGUCUGGCGAGGAGGGGACGUCGGUGGAGGACCCAGAUUCUGCUCUCGCGGGAGAGUUUGGAUUGAGUCCACGAGCGGAGGAUCAGUCAGAGCUGAACGUGCCCCAGCAGAGUGCUGACGAGCCUGAGCGUAUGGACACGGAGGAGGAGGAGGAGAGAAUCGUCAACGUGGACGAGUCGAAAGUGAGUGCGGCCGAGCGGUACCGCAUGCCCACAGAACUGUUCCAGCCGGACGAGGAGUCUCCGGAGAAACCCGUGAGACAGGAAGAGCCCGUCGGCAAACUGGGCUCGGAACUGCCCAUGAAGAUUUUUCAGGAGUCUGAGGUGGGGCCGCAAGAGGAGGCGAGAGUGAGCGAGGAUAUUGUCGUCUCGCCGGGGGAAGAUUUAGACCAGCUGAGCAGCCCCAAGCCGUCCGUGGUGCCAACAGAGAAGGUGAAGGAGGUGGGGGUGGGCAAAGAUGUGGAAGAUCUGGUGGACAUUGAGUCAGCGGAGGAAGGCGUACUCAGUCCGGCGGUAGUAGAGGAGUCUGUGCCGGCUCCCAAGAAAAAGGGCGGGAGACGAGGCCGGCCAAAAGGUGGAGGGGCGAGGAGGAAGUCGAGGAGCAUCAGCGCAUCGGACAAAGGAGAAGACGGCGAGGAGCAAAGUAAACGGAAGGAGUCGGCAGCUGGGGCGCUCUCGCCUUCCAAACUUUCCCUGGGGGAGCAGAUCUCCAAGAUAGCGUACAGCAUGAAGGCUGGCAAGGAGGCUGCAGGGGGUUCGAGUCCCGCAAAGAAGUCUCCUGUGAAGUCUGUGGGUGGGUUUGCCACUGACUUGCUCAUGGAGACGGAGAGAGAAGAAGCGGAGGAACUCAGUAAACAGAAUCUGCUACGGGAAGAACUCGGUGAAAAGACUCAAGUUGAGGAAGAGCAAGGUAAGGAGAACCCUCCGGAAGAAAUUUGUGAAGAGAAGAAGGAAGUUGAGGAGGUGGUGGAGGAGAAAGUGGAAGAUUCAUCUGUACCAGAAGUGUGUUCCGACAUUGUGGCCAAGGAGGAGAAAGAGGAGGAGGAGGAGAAGGCAGACACUUGUGUGUUGAAGCAGUCGGAGAGUAUGGAGGUUGACGUGGUGAUGGAGGAGGCAGAAGAAAGUGGCGAGGUGACAGACAGCAAGGAGGUGAGUGUUUUGAACAAAGUGCCUGCGACAGACUGGAGGAAGUGGGUCUACCUGCCGGCUGUGGUACCCUGCCCUAAGAGGAAAGUGGUGUGGUCGGAGGGUGGCCACGGGGAGGAAGGUGAAGAGGAGGAGGAGGAGGAAGAGUGUGCUUAUUCGAGACCUUUUAAUUACAGAGUUCUUUCCGGAAAACUCAGGAAAAUGUGUCCUCGACACGCAUCCUUGGGACCACGACAGGAGUCAUUCACCACACCACCGAUUGUGUUUGAGGCGUUUGACGCGAGGACAGACAAGAAGCCUGAAGACCCGCACGCUGUGGUUGUGCGUAGGUCGAGGAGGGCCCUGGAGAGGCCGCGGCGUGACCCGGCCAAAGACCCACGGGUCAUCCCGCUAAUGGCGGACAGCGAUGCAGACCCGGCGUGUAUUGGCGGCUCGGUGGUGAGCAGCGCCCUCAUGGAGCGCGAGAUGUUCUGUGGCGUGGUGGUGAAGGAGCGGCGGGAUCUGGUGGACUGGACCUGUGGGGCCGACGAACUGGAGGAAGACGAGGAGGCGGACUCUGGGGUUGGGGACGAAGAUUUCCGCAGGCACUACCAGCUGCAGUUGUUUACCGGCUUGUUCAUCCAGGCCGGGGAUUUCAGCUCUUUUCUGUCCGAGCCGGAGGAUGGGGAGGAGGAGAAGGGGCAGGAGGGUGGGGAUCUACAUUCCGUGGAGGGUCAGGAAGACAGUAAGGUUGAGGAGCUGGCUUCUGUUGUCGGCGGUGAGGGUUCAAAUCUGGUGAAGGAGGAGGGUGGGCAAGUUGAUAUUGGUGACAACGGUAGUCAGGAAGUCACAAAAGUCAAGGGUCGUAGAGGUCGCAAACGGAAGAAGAGAAGUGGAGGAGGAAGCAUGGAUUCUCCAGAUGUAUUACCCCUGAAGUGUGCCCGCUCCUCGCAAAGUUCAGAAGGCAUGUCCUCCCCUGAUAUUUCUUCCCCGAUGUCGGUGGACCCCCUCAGCAAACCACUGUCUGCCAACGGAGACAAAGACAGUGCCGCCAGCACGGCGCGGCUCAACGGAAUCGACGGUGCCAAGUCUGUGACCUCCCCGACCCCCAGUGUCGAGCUGACCUCGCAGGGCUUGGAUCCUCUGUCCCUGUCAACUGGCACGGGAGAGAACCCAGGUCAAGAGCCGUCUGCGUUUGCCUCCCCUGCGCGCCGCUCGGGCCGCACCCACAUACCGUCCAAGAAAGUGCUGGACGCGCAAGAGGACGCGACACCCCGCAGUGGCUUGAAGGGACGCCGCGCCUCGCAGGCCAGCUCUGAUGAGGAGCUCUCCGACUACAGCGCUGGGGGGGAGGCAGCCGCCGCCCUGAAGAAAGGGAAGAAGACUCCGCUGUCGCCGUUGUGACCCGCCGCAAAAGAUUGAGUCAUCUUGCAGUGUGCGGAUAUGAGUACGAUGGUGCCACUUCAUCCAGCUCGCCAACAUAACAUUUUUCUUUUGUGUCCCCAUGCAGUGACUUGGACCUCCCCAGUUUCUGUGGCCUGUACUUGUUGACCUUUGAUGUGGUGUGAAGUGACAGCCUGACAUGAGGAGCGCAGUGUUGGUGACAGCUCGGCUGACUUCACCACCUGAGCGCAGUGUUGGUGACAGCUCGGCUGACUUCACCACCUGAGCGCAGUGUUGGUGACAGCUCGGCUGACUUCACCAUCUGAGCGCAGUGUUGGUGACAGCUCGGCUGACUUCACCACCUGAGCGUGUUGAUCUUGUCAUGUGUGCAUCGUGAGAGACACCAAGUCACAAAACCAGCCAUCAGCCUUGUUGAAUUUUGUUGUGGGGGGGUGGGGGGAUGUUUGCAACAACAAAAGGUUUGGGGGGGUGGGGGGUUACAUUAUUCCAUUUACACUUCAAGACCAGGAUUUCUUGUAUCAUAGACUGAUCCAUAGCCCAUGUGUAUUUGUGUUAGUUUUUUUGUUGUUGUUGACUUGCUACAGCUGUGAAUGCAGUGUGUCUACGUAUGUUGGGAAUCCUGUCUGUUCUUGUAACACUGCUGCUGUAUCAACGGUUUGUUUGUAGUAGUAUGGUCAUGUUGUACCACCACAAAUUAGUGGAGUGGUUGGUUUUUUUUCUUUAUAUGUUGUUGUUCAUAUUGUGAUUUGAAAUGGCCACCAAGUUUUGUCGCAUUUUAUCAAUCAUGUCAGAGGGUGAGUUCAUUCCUUUGUGAUCCCACGCAGGCUCGCAGAAAUAAAUAACCCAAUCUGUUGAUUAUCUCGUCAAAAACUGAGCAGACUUGUGCUCUUUCUCUCCCCAUCCCUCCCUCCACAAGCAAUUUUGUCCCCAUAACUUGGUCUCUCGCCUGGCCUUUCACUGGUUAUGUUUUGAUUUCUGCAUUGGGAAUGAUCGUGUGCGGGCAUUUUGUAUAGAUACGACACACUGCCCGGGGGGGGGGGGGCGCAAUUGUUGGAGCUUGAUCAGCCUCUUUAUUAUAGCAGUUAAUUUAUUUGUAAGUUGACAAAUUUUCCUUGCUAAUGUUCUAAUGUAUAAGUAUGCUUUGAUUGAGGACAGCGAUUUCCUGCAUUCAGUGGGUGGAUGUGAAAUGUUGAUCUGUAAAUGCAACUACAAACAGAAUGUGUGGAAUGCCAAAUGUUGAAUGUGUGGAAUGCCAAAUGUUGAAUGUGUGGAAUGCCAAAUGUUGAAUGUGUGGAGUGUGAAAUGUUGAAUGUGUGGAAUGCCAAAUGUUGAAUGUGUGGAGUGUGAAAUGUUGAGCUGUAAAUGCAACUACAAAUGAAAUGUGCACAGUAAAUUAUACGCUGUAGUGACCUCUUGCAAUAGAAACCACCCAGACUUUUCUGUGGUUCCCUCAUUGUGUAUAGCUCUACUCAUCGGCCAUCGUAAUCAUUUUGCUAAAGAUGACAUUGUCAUAUUGUGUGAGAAUCUGUCCCUGCUUUAGUCUCAUGAUUAGCAAGAAAAAUCUAGAGGCUGGCCUGGGAUAGGAAAAUAAGGUUUGUUGGUGGCCUGUACCCCGGUCCAUGGUGAAAAAGCAGGCAGUGUUGAUGAUGACCACUGGUCACCACCCUGGCCUCAUGGGGUAGCUCUUGAGGGCACCCGGUUAGCCCAGUUGGUACAUGUGUAUCAUGCUAGACUACGGAGCAGAUGGUCAUGGUUUGAAUGUCAGAAUGGGUGUUCUUGAACUAGACUAGAGUCAUUUUGCUGUGUUUUCGAGCCCCUCUGCCCAUUAGGCUUGGUCCUACCUGUGUAAGUUGGAGAUUCCUCCAGGCUCACUCAUGGUUGUCCGUGACUUUGCCAGGAAAUUUUCUCCGUCUAGCUGACCAGGUGCUGGGACGGGUUUGUUUUUCUGUGAAAAAUGUUCAUUUGUUGUUGUUGUUACAACACAAGAAAAGGUGGAACAAAUGUUGAGUGAGCCGUCGACCGUUACCAUCAUGUAUGUAUGUGUCUAGCUACCACUUUUCCCCAUAUAUUGUCAGUAUUGCAGUUGUAUUCCUCCAAGUCAUGUAAUGUUUCCAUAAUGAUGCCAUGCUGAAAUGUUUGGGUUUUUCUGCAUACAUAAGUUGUCAUUGUGUGUAUGAUAUUGCUGCUUGCUGUUCGAUUCUUUUGUCACUCUUAUCUUUGUGUCUACUUAGUUUGGUCUCAUUUUCUUUGCACAUGUUUUGAAUGUUAAUUCAUUUGACUAGAUUGUGACCUUCGUACGAGUUGGUCUAUUGUCAUGUUAGUCCUGUGUAAAUCCCAAACACUUUGAUAAUGUCCAGGUCAGUUUUGGGUACGGUGGCCUCGUCAAUGAAUGUUUAGUUUGUACAUAGCCAUCUCAUCUUAUGCUUUUGGGUGGGGCCUGUGGGUAGGGAAGGAAUGCAGAUCCCUGUUUAACAAUGAUCAAUUGGCCAAUUAUGAUGCAGAGAUUUGCUUCGUUUUGGAUGUCCUUGGCCAGGGUCAUUCCUUGAAAAGUGGCAAAUGUGACGCGGAGAUGGUGUCCUGCCGAAAAAAAUCUUCAGUGAUCUAGCCUUUUUUGUUAGAUAUAAAUCUUCCUCUAACAAAAACUACAGAACUGAAGAAUGGCUUUAUCAUCUGCUUGAAAUGUUGUUUUUCCAGCAGUGGAUCAUCCAUGUGUAACGUUGGUCACCUUUUGUGGAAAAGGCCUGUCGUGUUUGUGGGUUCUGUGAGUUGGUGGAGCAGCAGACAUCUCUCUCUGUCUGUGUGUCUGUCUGUCUGUCUGUUUCUGUCUGUCUGUCUGCUGUUGCUGUUGGUAAGCUGGGCGUGAGGCCACCAAGCUGUAGAGAUGGCCUGUUGUUUGUUACUGUUACCAUUAUUGUCACCCAUGGGUAUUUGUACAAAGUUGUAAAGCGCCUCUUACAGACAUUCGUUUUCCAUUUUGGGCCAUCCAAUUGAAAGUAACUCAUUUAACACAGGGAUGAAAGAUAACCUGCUGAAAAAAUAUCUCAGCAACGGUAGAGCCAGUCCGGAUUUUUUUUUAGAUAAGAGGAAGGUUGUAUCUGACCAAAAAGAGUAAAGAAUGGCUCAAUCAGUGCUUAGAAUUUGUUGAGGCCAUCCCCUCUGUGCUGUGUGUGUUACUUUCCUUGGAAUGACCGUUUCUGUCUAGAUUCAUCAUGUCAUCAUGUAUCUCACCUCCUUCAACCAAGUCCUUGUACAAAAAUUAUAUAUAUAAAACAUGAACAAUUUUUAGAAAUACCAGAGAAGAUUCUUGUGUUGGUCGCUCUGCGGUAUUAUUGUUUUGUACAAGUGUGUGCUACCGUUCCAGAGUUGAAGAAAACUUAACAGGAAGAGAAUCAAAGUCAAUGGCUUCGUUCACGCAGUCAGCUCAUUGCCAUACACAUCUAGAUCUUCAUGUACCAAGAGACACAAGCUUUUUACCUUUUCUUCUUUCUUAGUUUCGAUAUGUUACAGUUUUUGGGGAAGGGUAGGCUUCGUUUUAGGUUUCAAUUGAAUUUUGAUCAAAUUGUUGUAAGUAAGGAAUUUAUUUUGUGUCUGUUAUGGAUGCUCUGAUUCUGACUUGGUGAGAUGUGCAAUUGUUAUGCAUGCAGUACAAAGUUGAUUCCUAUAUAUAUACAUAAAUGUUACAUACGCCACUAUUUAUUUUUUAAUCUUUAGGGUUUUCUGUGAACAGCAACUUUUCCUUGGCCCACACAACUGAAAAAUGAUCAAGAGCACAAAGCUUUUCAUGGCUUGUGUGUUGGGGGGGGGGGGCACUCGAUUGGCUCAGCGUGUAGGACUAGAUGACUAGAACAGGUGGAAGGGACUGUUGUGAACAGGCGACUGUGGUGUAGAGGUUACGCACUUGGCUGUCCCACGCAGGAGACUCGAGUUGGAUUCCCAAAUAGAGAAAAGAUUUUUUAUCAAGUAUCGGUCUUUCUGCUGGGAUGUUGUAAGGUUCAUGAGCCUCAGGUCAGCUGUUGGUUUUUGUGGUAUAUUGAAGAACACAUUCUAAUGGGAGGUUGUGUGUCUUGUUCAGGGUAGAGG